UUGACGCGCUGAUAAACAAUCUAUACGCAACGCACUCAAAAUGGUGGCGACUAUAAUCAUGUUUCGGUUCAAUCACAAUGGGUAGACUGCGGGAUCAAGGCUUGAUUAUUCGGAAAUGAAACCGAGUCUCACUUAACUGAUAUGAACGCGAUGGCCACUGAGAAAGGUUCGAAGGCAGAAGACAAUAAAAGUGCAAUCCAUAUCAUAGAGGAUGAUGCAGAAAAUACAACCUCGUCAUCGGACGCUAACCUCUUGACCUCUAACCUUCCCAUGGUGUUGUCCGGCACAGGAUUCCCAUGGGACAACAAAUGGACACACUCAGCCACAAGAACACUUCUGGAACUGUACGUGAAAAAUGAAGAAAAGUUCAAGGAUCCCCACACCAAGAAAAAACAAAUUUGGGGAGAAAUUUCCGAAAUACUCCGUUCAAAGGGUUUUACAUUCGAUGCAGAAAAAUGUGAAAGGAAAUUUCUUAACCUUAAAACAGUGUAUCGAAAUAACGUGCAACAUAAUUGUAUGACAGGAAAUCACGACCGCAAGUGUUCAUUUUACGAAGAAUUAGAUGCUAUAUUUCAUUUAAGUAAAAAACUGAAUUCCAGCAAAAAAUCGGACUCAAAACUUCCAGACGUUGUUGAACCAAAGCGAACGGCACACCGAAAUCCAAGUACCGACACCGUCACGUCGUCUGCUAAAGCAGCUCCUGUCCCAGUAAUGCUUAUUCCCAAUAAUGGCGGAAAAGUGUCAAACGAAGCAGAGAAAUCCCUCACCUCAGGUUUAUCCCCUACCUCAGUUUCAUCUCCACAUAACCCCCGAGUCAGCAUAAAUCCACUAGCGUCAGGACACGCGAUCAAUUAUCCAGUCAAAUUCCAUGCAAAUUUCCCUAAGAGGAAUCAAUUUCUUUCGCAGCGUUUUCCGAAAUCCAUGCCCAACAAUCCGACUAACAGACAAGCUGCACCAGAACCUCCAAACCGUACCCAACCCGUUCAAAACAUCCCUCCCUCAGGAACAGCGGUUAUCGAUCUUUGUAGCGAGACUACAGACUCUUCAAAACGAGGCUUAAGUGAAAGCGAGGCCCGUUCCGAACAGUCAGCUUCAAAGAAGAGGAGAGCUAGUGAUUUACAGAGUCUUUUGGAGAGUUUCGAAAAUUAUCGUCGUGAACAGCGCGAGCGUGAGGACCAAAGGAUGCGGCAGAUGAAGGAAAUGCACGAUGAUGAAAUGAAAGUGACCAACCGGUUUUUGGACAUCAUCCACCAGUACGUCCAGAAUGGCAGCAGCUAAUGUUACAGUUUAAGUUAUCUCUUUUGUACUUACUUGUUAUUUUUACUACAUUUUGUAUUAGUUACUAGUAAUAUGUAUCGCAAUAAACAAACUACAAGCACUUCC